GCAGGGGCUCCGCUGCUUUCUGCCUCCUCUCUCUCUCCCUCUCUCUAUCUGUCUCUCUCUCCCUCCCUCUCUCUCUCUCCUUCUGUCUCUGCGCGCGUGUGUGUGUGCGGGCGGGCGCGUGUGUGUGAGUGAGUGUGAGAGAGAGAGCGCGCGCGCGUGUGCGUGUGUGUGUGUGUGUGUGUGUGUGUGUGGCUCUCAGUCCCUGCCUAUACUUCCAUUAGCUAUGGAUGGAGACGGGAGCCAAGCCACGUCUGGAAGCCCCAACGAUACGCAGCAUGACCCGGGCAAAAUGUUCAUCGGUGGCCUCAGCUGGCAAACCUCACCAGACAGCCUUAGAGACUAUUUUAGCAAAUUUGGAGAAAUCAGAGAAUGUAUGGUGAUGAGGGAUCCCACGACAAAGCGCUCCAGAGGGUUUGGCUUCGUUACGUUCGCAGAUGCGGCCAGUGUAGAUAAAGUCUUAGCUCAACCACGUCACGAAUUAGACUCAAAGACGAUCGAUCCCAAAGUGGCCUUCCCUCGACGUGCUCAGCCUAAGAUGGUCACGAGAACAAAGAAAAUAUUUGUGGGCGGACUAUCGGCGAACACAGUCGUGGAGGACGUGAAGCAGUAUUUCGAGCAGUUCGGAAAGGUAGAAGACGCUAUGCUAAUGUUCGAUAAGACUACUAAUAGACACAGAGGCUUUGGCUUCGUAACUUUCGAGAAUGAAGACGUGGUAGAGAAAGUCUGUGAAAUUCAUUUCCAUGAAAUCAAUAAUAAAAUGGUAGAGUGCAAGAAGGCCCAGCCGAAGGAGGUGAUGUUCCCACCUGGGACACGGGGUCGGGCCAGGGGUCUCCCCUACACCAUGGACGCCUUCAUGCUGGGGAUGGGCAUGCUGAGUUAUCCGAACAUUGUUGCGACGUACGGCCGUGGAUACACUGGAUUUGCCCCCAGCUACAGCUACCAGUUUCCCGGUUUCCCGGCUACAGCGUAUGGACCAGUGGCAGCAGCGGCGGCAGUGGCAGCAGCGCGAGGCUCAGGUAGGGGGGCCCGUGGAAGAGGCGGCUACGUGGCAUACCCACAGAACUCGGGGCCAGGCUUCCCCGAUUAUGGGUUUUAUUCCGCGCCCAGUGACCAGCGGGGGGCCCCCUGCUCCUUUGCGGACUAUGGCUCCCUGGGGCCCCAGGCGGCUCAGAUGCUGCAAAGCGAGCACGCCACAUCCGCCUGCAACUCGCCCCUGCAGCACCUGCACAGCCCGGAUCAGUUUAAAAGCCCAGGUUUGUAUGGCACUAACCCCCCUCGGCCUGGAGGUUUCCCUGGUGCCAACAGUCCAGGGCCUGUAGCUGAUUUGUAUGGCCCGGCCAGUCAGGACUCAGCUGUGGGGAACUACAUCAGUGCUGCUAGCCCCCAGCCUGGCUCUGGCUUCAGCCACAGCAUUGCUGGCCCCUUGAUUGCGACAGCUUUUACAAAUGGAUACCAUUGAAACCUAACAGGUGGUCGGUUGCCAUCUCAGUGGAGAGUAUAUCUGGAGGUCCCGGGAAGAUGGGCCGAAGUUUCUAACUGGUCGUGUACAGGUGAUGUCAUGAGCCUUCAAGCACUGCAGCAUCCCAUUGGUGAACGGGACGGGGGGGGUGGCACCAUGAAGAAAAGAACAAAAGAAAUGUCAAGAUCAUCUCAGAAAACAGUACAACUGCUGUACCAUAACCCCAACCCUUAUUGUAACCAUAUAACGGUUUUUUUUUCGUUCUAUAUGGCAUUUUAUUUCUCUCAUUUUUAUUUCUUCUCCUUUUAGUUGAUUAAGUUGCAUAGUUGAGAAAAAGUUCUUUGUUGUGAUCAUUUGUGCAUUUCGAUUUUUUUCACAUUUUUCUUUGUGUUUUCUUGUUUGUUUCUUUCUUUUAUUGGCAUUUUGACGAGUGUAGUUUAAAAGUGUUUGCUGGUCAUGUCUGAAUUACCUUUGGUACCAAUUGUAAAGAUCCGAUUUUAUGGUGUCAUAUUUGCACAAAAAAAGGAUAAAGCUACUCACUGACUGAUAAGGAUUUGAAAGAACAUUCAGUACAUUUCAUUUCAGCGAAAAACAAGAGGGUAACUGAACUAAAUUGAUCUUAGUAGCUGUUUUUAAUUCUUGUGAUGUCUCAUUGUUGAUCAUAAUUACCUAUUUUUGGGCAAUACAAAGAGGACUCCAAUAUUUUUAUGGUCCUUUUUUUAUAAGUGUUGUUUUGUUGUUUAGAAAAAAAAGAAAUGUAUACUAUGACAUUUUUUCAAAUGAAUACAUUGUGAAUUCAGAUUUAAGAAAAAAAAAAAGAAAUGUAACUGUAAAUAUUAUUCCAGUCAUUGCAUAUAACCAAUUCAGAAUGAAAAAAAAAAAACAUAUUUUUCUGACGGUGUGUCAAAGAAAUUGUUCCAGGGUGUGUAUACACGAAAAAAGAAAAUAUAGGUCUUAACAGAUUAUUAUAUAGGUGUCACUCAAAUACAUUAAGUACCCUGGUGACAACUGCGAUCUAUUGGAUAGUUGUUUGGCUCGCUCUGUAAAUACUCAAGCUGAAUAAUUUUACAAGUGUCAUACCAGCAUAUUUACAAACCGGUGACUACAGAACACUGCUCAGAGUCGGGUAUAGAGUCUUUUCUCUCAGCCGUGGACAUAAUUUUCAACAGAAAGACGAUUAAAUCCAAAGCACACUGUAGGUAGUGUUAAAGAAAUGGACUCUGAAUUCAGUCCAGAGAUUUUAGAAAUACUCUGUGCGUCCUGACACUUUUAUACUCCUGACGAGAAAAAAAAAAGUUAAAGAAAAAAAAAAAAAGACAAAAAAAGAUGACUUACUAUGUUAUUUGGUGUUGUUGUUUGUCUUAUCCACUCAGUUCCAUUUGACUUUGGAACUCGGUAUCUGGAGUGUACGUCACAGCUAAUGCAUAAAAGCUUGUUCUUUCGAUCAGUUCUCUGCUGAAUGAAUUAAGAAGGCAAACGUCUUUAUACCAUACCUCAGUCCUGUGCGUUUGGCAGUGGAAAAGCUGAUAAAUUUAAUUUAUUUUAACAGGCGUAACAAGCUGAGCUUAAGGAUAAAUAUAGAUAAAUCAUUGCACUGUGACCUGUAGGAAAGACCUGACCACUUCCUUUUUCUUUGCACAUGUUGGCUACUUUGAAUGAUCCUCAAAUAGGAUUUCAUGUAUGAAGACUCCUCAUGUGAAUGUUACUGCUACAGGCAAAUAGAAGGCCAGGUGUAGAGCGAGUAAAACGAAAAGCAAUCUCUAGAACUCAAGCUCAGAUUUCAUUUCACGGAUAUAGCCAACCUCUAAUCUAAAAUAUUGAUGUAUUUUAGAUGCAGCCAAUAGAAGACACUGAAAAAUACGUUCACACAGAGAACCAUAGCUGCUGUGCUCAUUUUCUUGUACAUGUCAGGACUGGUUUCGGAUCAGACAAAAUGACAUUUGAUGAAACGAUUUUAAAGUGCAGAUUGUUGAAGGUGAUGACGAUUUGAUUGAUGUAUAUUUGUAUAUUUGUCUCUUGUUUCCUGCUGCAAAUGUAUACUACAUUUUUUCUUUUGUUCAACUGAUUUCAUUUUAUUUGAUGUACUCCAAUGCUCCGAAUAACCAGGUGAAGCAAAAUGCUGGAUGCUUUUUACAUGAUAUGGAGAUACGAUCAAGUAAUAAUUUAAAACACAUGAGAGAAAAAAAGAAACUGAAGACGACUAUUGUAAUGUUCAAAUGUACAAGACGAAAAAUGAAAAUACAAAACUUUAAAAAAGGAAAAAAGAUGUUCCUUCACUGAUUUCAAAUUUUGAAUCAGGGCAUUUUAUUCCUAUUUUUGUGGUCGUUGAUAUGAUGAUUAUAAUAACAAUGUACUGUGCAGUCAUCAAAUGAUCUCCAUUCCCAGUCACCACACCCACUCUUUAUUUCUCAUCGUUGUAUUUAAUAGUGUGUACAAAAACAAAAAAAAACAUAUAUUGUAACAAAAUGCUGUCUUUGGUACCAGUGUAGUGGUCUAUAAUCUUCUUUGACCUCUUCCACUCUUUUUACCUAUCGCACCGCCAUCCCUUUCUUCUCCCCUUUCCUGCCCCGUGAAAUUAGUCGAUGUUGUGUAGUUACUCUAGAUAUGGUAGUUUGUAGCAGAUUUAGGACCAGUAAGGAUAGAGCCUUCUUGUAUUAUAUUGUACUGUGAGAGGUUAUUUUAGCAGAAUUUAAUCUUUGGCUUGUUUCUUCUUGUUUUUUCUUUAUUUCUUCUUUUGUUGUGAUUUGCAGAUUUCACAUGGUUUCGACUAACCAAAGCUCUCACAAAAAACUAUAAAUAUAUAAAUAUAUAUAUAAAAAAGAAAAUACAAAUUGCUGUAAGAUGUUACUUUUAAAAAAAAAAAGGCAUUAUUUAAAUCCCCACCCUUGAAUGUUUUUUAAAGGGGUGUGCCAUACUACCUUAAAUGCUAAUACAAAACUCUUUACUUUUGGUUCUUUUCUAAGGGGACAUGAGCUACAGUUCUGAAGAUUUUAUGUGAAAUAUAUCAUAUUUUUUUAAACGAUUCUCAUAAUGAUAAUAAUUACAACAGCACUAUUAAUCAACUCUAAGGUUUUGAUGUUUGUACGCUUUCAAAAUAUCCCAGUCGCCCUAAGGCACUGCUAUUUUUGAAUACCACUCUGUUUUUUAAACGUUCUCUGCCUUUAACAGAAUUUGUUUUUGUUUUUUCAUUCAUCAAAUAUAAUUUCAUGGCUCCUAUUUUACCAUAGGCCCUGGAAACCAGCCUUUUAUUUUGACUAGACCAUCUCUUGUACUAGCUUUGCUCAGAUAUAUAUACUCUGUGUAAAAAUAUGCUUAGAAGUAAAAAGUAUACGCAUACAUUUAGUUCAAACUUAGUUCAGAGCAAUGAGAACCUGCAUUUUUAGAAGUUUUCAACAGCUCCUCCUGCUUUCAUAGGUCAGUUUUAGAAGAAAUGUUUUAUUAGCUGACCAAAUCUAUCGAUGUGCACAGACAAUACCUCAAUUUGUCUUAAUUUGAACUGUGACUUCUUGAAAUAACUGUGCUGCAGAGGGUUCAGGAUAUUUUCCAUUUGUUUGGAAACAUAUUUUCCAAUAUUUCAACAAAGCAAUAAAGAGUACAAAAUCACUCUGAUCUUAACGUCUUUGAAAGGGGCUGGUAUGCAAUUGCACAGAAAUCACAGUUGAUUCAAGAGCUUAACACAUACAGUACUGUGCAAUGUUAGAGAACUUUAUUUAUUUAAUUUCCAAGCAAAUGGUCAUUAAAUAUAAAUGAUUCUUUUUCAUUAUGAAGAAAGAAGUAGAAAACCUAAAUCCCCAACAAUUAAAUAUCUUACAUUUUUUUAAGAGACUUGUUUUCAGUUUUUCUGAGAAAUCUGCAGGGAUAUUUGUCCACACUGCCAGUUCAGUCACACCAGUUGGUUACAUUUUCUGUUUUUCACAAUCUAAGCAGGCCAAACUCCUGUUUUAUUUACUUUUUUUAAAUUUCUUAUUCAUUUAUUUUGCAUUUAAUCUCCUCAGAUAUAUUCUUAAAAAUGAACAACUGGCUGGAAAUUAAGUAAAUUAAUGGUAGUCUCUGACAUUUACAAUAUACUGUAUUUUGUAAACUUUAGCAAUUUUGCUUGGUCCAUGUCUGUCUGCAGUACUGAUCAUCUACCAAGCUUGAGAAAAAUAAGCAGAUAACAAACAUAAAUAGUCUAUGUCGAUAGUCUGUCAAAGCAAUUAAAACAUUUGGUCAGGCUCCAUCAGUCUCCAUUUACAAAUUUAAUUAAAAUAAAAGCUGGUGCUCCAAAACAUUUAUUUAUUAUACUUGGGAUUUUUUUAUUUGAUCUUCUAGCUUAGACUUUAAGGUAGCAUGGCUCUGUUUUUUUGUUUUUUUUUUCCAUAGACAGCAGUUUACAGCUGAUGAAUGUCACACAUCUUACUAGUCUAGUUAAUCCACUGAUUUAGGAAAAAAAUGUAAAGGAUGAAAAAAAGAAAAAAAUAAGAUCUGGAAGGUGUCUGGAGCAUACUACCGUAUCCAUUUAAAACUUGAAUCUAGGCAAGUGCUAGGCAAUGGCCAACUACUUAUCAACCCACAGUCAUAUAUACAUGUUCGCAUACAAUGUAUAUAUACAUUGGUGUGUCCUACUAGAUGUUCUGCUAAUGUCAACUGGUUAUUUGGUGAAUUCACAACAUCUCUUUCCCAUCACUCUCUCUCUCUCUCUCUCUCUCUCUCUCUGUCCAUUUCCACAAACACUGUUGUUUGCUGCUUUCAAAGCAGUUAACGAUAACUGCAAGUUUCCCUUCAACUAAUUAUGGAAUCCAAUUCCAUUCACUCGCAUGAGAAACUCUCAACUAACGACUGUUAACCAAUGAGUGGGCCAACUUUUGGGUAGCUCAGCAAUUGGUCCCCUUUUUUGUUUUUUUCUUCCUCUCUUGUAGCUGUCACGUCCAGUCUGUACAGUAAUGUUAAAAGCAGUCAUUUUUAUGGCUCCACUGUAACACCAUGCCGUCCAGACUGGCUGCCCUUCCUCCUGACUGCUGGAGGAGAGUGGCAGCAUAGGUUGCUUCUCGCUCUUCCUCGCCCAUUCCUGACACUUGCCCUUGUUUUUUUUCCUUAACGUUAACGACUUUCUAACGGCGAGAGACUGACCGAAAUGACUGACGUCUGAAAGCAUCUUUCAGGUCCUCUUGUAUGGCUUGCUCAAGCCGUGUUAUAAAUUUAACUUUAACUUAAAAAAUAAUAAUAAUAACAUGGAGGGGGGGGGGGUCUCUCAUGCCUCAGAUGUGGAAAGUAGAAUUUUAUAUUUGUAUUUUCAAAUGGUAACACUAAGAAGAAUAAAAAAAGAUGUUUCUGAAAGGUUUCCAUCCUCUACUGUGGUCCAGAAAUCGAUGUGUCUGUCUGGAAAAAACAAUAAUAAAAUAAAAUGAACUAUUUUA